GUCUCCCUUCACUUCAAUUCUUCAGUCACAAGCCAGCGAAAGCCCUCAGUUCUUGCAAAACUUUGAGCAGACGAUCAUACGGGAAGGAGGUCAAAACAAUUUGCUUCAACUGGGACACGGUCGAACUCAAGUGAUGCGAGGGCAGAAUCAGGACCGCUUGCCCGGCCUGCUAUCGCCAGCUCCCUCCACUUGAGCACUCUUCCCGACUGGUCUCCAAGGCAAGGGGCGAACUAGAUAGUCUCACCGUCUCAAUUAGAUCGACUGCUCUACCGAAUCAGUUCUCCCACGGGCACGACUUGACAGCUCUCGAAUCGCCGAACCCACGACCUUACGGCACCAAUCGCGAUCCGCCAUGGCCGACUCGGACGGCGAAUACCAGGCCGACGAUGGCUCCGACGCGGAAUUCGGUGCCCACCAGGUGUCCUCGAGCCACGACACACGCGGUCGCUCCCGCAAAGAUGGCGGAAAGGGAGGACGCAAGCCCGCAAAAGCAGCAUGGGAGGACAUACAACGGUCGUGGGACGCCGUGGUGGAGGGCGCCGACGGCACGCUCACGGGCGCCAUUGAGGGACUGGCCGAGGCGGAAAAGCGGACGCGACUGAUGAGGGACACGACGCCGCUUCAGCGAGGCAUCAUUCGCCAUCUGGUGCUUGUGCUCGACAUGUCCUUCUACAUGCUCGAGAAGGACCUGCUGCCAUCGCGCCACGAGUUGACCAUGGCCUACGCCUGCGAGUUUGUCCGCGAGUUCUUCGAACAGAAUCCCAUCUCUCAGCUGGCUAUUGUGGGUAUGCGCGAUGGUAUCGCCGUGCGCAUCAGCGACAUGGGUGGCAACCCGGCCGAGCACCUUGAGAGGUUGCAGGGCUGGGUCAAGCAGGAUCCAGAGGGAAACCCAAGUCUGCAGAAUGCCCUUGAGAUGUGCAGAGGUGCUUUAUUCCACACACCCUCCCACGGAACCCGAGAAGUGCUCAUCAUCUACGGUGCCAUGAUGUCAAGCGACCCGGGCGACAUCCACGAAACCAUCGUCUCCCUCAUCACUGACAAGAUCCGCGUGUCCAUCGUUGGGCUUGGAGCCCAAGUAGCCAUCUGCGCCGAGCUAUGCAAAAAGACCAAUGGCGGCGACGAGUCAGCCUACAACAUAGCCCAGCACGAAAACAACUUUCGCGACCUCAUGCUUGCCGUCACCACACCACCCGUGACGCGCACCAAAGAGCAGAGCAACGCCAGCCUGCUGAUGAUGGGCUUUCCAUCCCGGGUCCUGACAACGGGCAACACCAUCAACUUCUGCACCUGCCACAACCGCCCCACACGUGAGGGCUACAACUGCACCCGCUGCGGCUCCCACGUCUGCCGGCUUCCUGCCGAGUGUCCCGGCUGCGGACUGACCCUCAUCCUAUCCACCCACUUAGCGCGCUCAUACCACCACCUCUUUCCCCUGCGCAAUUGGGUCGAAGUGCCCUGGUCGCAAGCCCACUCGUCCGAGGCAUGCUACGCGUGUCUGACGCCUUUUCCGAAAAGGGAUAAUAACAAGAAAGGGAAAGAUAAGACAAAGGACCACACUAAACCGAAGGAGAAGGCCAAGGGGCUUAGCGAGUCGAGUCGGUAUGCCUGCGAGGUGUGCCGGAAUCACUUUUGCAUAGAUUGUGAUUUGUUUGCGCAUGAGGUGCUGCAUAAUUGUCCGGGAUGCCAGAGCGAUGCCCGGGGUAUGAGCACGGGUGAAGAAGCGGCUCACACGAAUGGGAAUACGGAUGGGGCGAUGGAGGUAGACUCAUGAGUUCGAAAUCUAAAUGACUACUUAGGUAGACGAACGACGAAGACACCGAUAUAUAAUUAACGGAGAGAGCGAGAGGGAGAGAGAGCGCUGACUGACUGUCAGUCCAGCUUUGAGUAAACAGAGCCAGGCCUGUUACUUUCAUCUUUCACAUUCUGGCUCUGUGAGUCAGUGAGAGCUGCUAGUUUGAUAGAACAGCUCUAAGUUAUGGUGAAAGAGACCAUUUUACCAAUCAAUGUUCGCAACGCUAUUAUAGAAAACAAAAUGGAGUCAUAAAUUGAUCAA